CCAGCCAACCACGACGCCUGCCGCCGGCCACCCGCGUCGGUGUCGCCAACCUCUUGAUCCCCGAAGCCGUCGGUUGCCAAGUCAGCAAGAUUACGGCACGGGCAUGAGGCAGCGUGGUGUGCCUCAGCGCUGGAUGCGUGCCUCCCUGCUAGGGCAGCCGCCCACCCAAUCCGGGCGCGGGGUGCAGCCUGCUGUCGGCGUUCAGGACGACGCGAACGUCCCACCCAUUUGCAACUGUGCCUCACGCGCGACUCAAAGAAGCUCAAAGAAGGUCGUGCCUGCAUCUUCGCUCCACCACGCUGAAAAAUCGUCUCGGGCUCGCUCGCAAUGAAGGCAUUCAAAAAGCUGCUCGGCCGCUCCUCCAAGAGCUCCAAAUCCACCACUCAACCCACCGCAGCUCCUUCCAAAGCUCAAUCGACUCCCACCACCGCAACCAAACCUCCUCCCGCAACAGCCACUACACCCGCAACCACCACCAUGGCCAAGCAAACCAUCGUCGUCUUCGGUGCUACUGGCAAGCAGGGCGGCUCCGUCGUCAAGACCAUCCUCGCCGACCCCAAGACCGCCGCCAAGUACCACGUCAAGGCCGUCACCCGUGACACCACCAAGGAGUCCGCGCAGAAGCUCAGGGACCUCGGCGCUGAGGUCGUCUCCGCCGACUUGAACGCCCCCGAGACCCUGGCUCCCGUCCUCGAGGGUGCCUAUGGCGUCUUCGCCGUCACCAACUUCCUCGAGAAGAUGGACGCCGCACCCGAGAUCACCCAGGGCAAGGCCGUCGCCGAUGCCGCCAAGGCUGCCGGUGUCCAGCACCUUGUUUGGUCUUCUCUCCUCAACGUCACAAAGCUCACCGAGGGCAAGCUCACCAACGUCCACCACUUCGACAGCAAGGCUCAGGUUGAGGAGUACAUCCGCGAGAUCGGUGUCCCCGCCACCUUCUUCCUCGCCGGCUACUUCAUGUCCAACCUGCCCGGCAUGUCCAUCUCUGAGCAGACCGGCUGGACCCUGAACCUGCCCACCACCAAGAACGCCCCGAUCCCUCUCUUCGACGCCGAAGACGACACCGGCAAGUUCGUCAAGGGCAUCUUCGAGAACCGCGAGAAGCUGCUCGGCCAGCGCGUCCUCGGCGCCACCGCCUACUACACCCCCGCGCAGCUCAUCGAGGAGCUCAAGGAAGUAUACCCCAAGACCUCCGCGUCGGCCGCCUACAACGAGCUCCCCGGCGACGUCUACAAGGGCAUCCUCGGCAGCUUCGGCCUCCCCGAGAGCUUCCAGCAGGAGAUGCUCGAGAACCACCAGCUCUUCGAUGUGGCUGGUUACUUUGGCGGCGAGAAGCUGGAUGCCAGCCACUCGAUUGUCGAUGAGCCCCUGACUACCUGGAAGGAGUACAUUAGCAAGAGCCCCGUCUUCGCUGCCGUCAAGAACUAGAGUGUUUGAGGUUUCAAUAGUAUAGAUAUCCGAGCUUUGUGGCUCAUCGGGCUAUGGCUAGUUAGAGUAAUGAAUUUCAUGU